AUGAGUAUUGCUCAGGCUGCCAGUGGCGCCCCGAUCAGCUUAUUCCGCCAGCUCAGCUUCCUUUUAGGUCAAAUCCUGGUCGGAAGCCACCUCGAUAGCUACUUCGUGUUUCUCUCUCCUGGCACAGUAUUACGCUUUGCAGCAAACUCCGGAAACGACAGCGUUUCAACGAUUGUGAUUAACAAAGCGAUGGUAGAGGUGAGCACCACGGAAGAGAAAUGUACCCUUGGAAUCGCCAAUCCUAUAAUCGAGGAAAAGCUCUUCGGGGAGGCUCCAAGUCUCGAGGUCAGCUUAGCUCCCUAG